CCUCUCGAAAGCCCAGCAGAGGCACCAGCUGCACCGCCGGCCUGCGCCCGCCCCGGGAAAAUGGGAAGCAAGGCUCUGCCAGCCCCCAUCCCGCUGCACCCGUCCCUGCAACUCACCAACUACUCCUUCCUCCAGGCUGUGAACACCUUCCCCGCAGCUGUGGACCAGUUGCAAGGUCUGUAUGGACUCAGCGCCGUGCAAACCAUGCACAUGAACCACUGGACACUGGGCUACCCCAAUGUGCAUGAAAUCACCCGCUCCACCAUCACGGAGAUGGCGGCCGCCCAGGGCUUGGUGGACUCCCGCUUCCCUUUCCCCACGCUCCCCUUCGCCACGCACCUCUUCCACCCCAAGCAAGGGACCAUCGCCCACGUCCUCCCGGCCUUGCACAAGGACAGGCCCCGCUUUGACUUUGCCAACCUGGCCGUGGCCGCCACGCAGGAGGACCCCCCCAAGGUGGGGGAGCUCGCCAAGCUGAGCCCCGGACUGACGUCGCCCCUGUCGGGCAUCAGCAAGCUGUCCCCGGACAGGAAGCCCUCCCGCGGCCGCCUGCCCUCCAAGACGAAAAAGGAGUUCAUCUGCAAGUUCUGCGGCAGGCACUUCACCAAGUCCUACAACCUCCUCAUCCACGAGCGGACCCACACGGACGAGCGGCCCUACACCUGCGACAUCUGCCACAAGGCUUUCCGGAGGCAGGACCACCUGCGGGACCACCGGUGAGGCACCACCGCGCCCGGGGCCGGGUUUGUGAAGGAUUAAUCCUUUGCUUGCUUCAAAUCUGAACAGGAAUCUCCACACAAAUGCCCCACAUGUGGAAGAACCUUUAAUCAAAGAAGUAAUCUGAAAACUCACCUUCUUACCCAUACAGACAUCAAGCCCUACAACUGUGAGCAGUGCGGCAAAGUGUUCAGGCGAAACUGUGAUCUACGGCGGCACAGUCUAACUCACACCCCGCGGCAGGACUUCUAGAGCAGCCAGGGACCCGCGCCCGCUCCGGCAGCUCCAACUUGCCCACUUUACUCAAGGACUGUGUUGUAGGAACUCACAGACGCGCGCGCACACACACUCACACACACACACGGAGACACACACGCAGACUCGGGGCCAAGCUUUCCUACCACACGUCUGCGAAACUCGUUUUGAGAGUGCGGACUGCAGGAUCGGGCCCCUCUCCAACCCACGCCCCGGCGUAAAGCUCAUCUUGUAGAUACUCGCGGCUCAUUUUAGAGCUCUGUACAGAAUGUGGUUUUUCUUCGUUUGUUUGUUUCGUAUCGUCGUGUCAGAUGCACAUCGGUAACAAAUCGGGGAGGCAAAGUAUCUCUUAAAAGUGUAUUUCAAAAUAAAUCCUUUUUUUUUUCCAAA